CAGUCAGAAGUGUGGAGAGUCAUGUCAACACUAUCGGUAGAAUCUGUCUUCAUCACUGGGAGCAGCAAAGGGGUGGGUCUUGGUCUUGUGAAAGCCUUCCUGGAACUUCCCAACCCACCCAAGCACGUGUUUGCGUCUUGCAUUGACCCUGACAACGACGAGGCCACGGAGUUGAGAGAAGUGACCUCACAAAACCCCAGUGUUACGUUGAUGAAGCUGGAUGUGCGAUCUGACGCCGACAUCGCCAACGCCGUAACAACAGUACAACGUGUCCUGGGAGAGAGAGGGUUAAACUUACUUAUUAACAACGCUGCCAUCAACUCACAGUUGUAUGGACUGGAGGCAUUGACAAGGGAGGAGAUCAUGAGUCACUGUGAUUGUAAUGUAGCAGGUCCGCUCCUCGUAUCACAAGCGCUGCUUCCUUUACUAAGAAAAGCAUCCAAACAAAACGAAAGUAAACCUCCCGGAUGUAACAGGGCAGCCAUUGUCAACCUCUCUACUGGCCUCAUCAAAUCAAAGAACUGGGGACAAAAAGAACGUCGAUAUUCCUACGUACUGACCAAAUCGGCCAGUGCCAUUGCUUCUGCCAUGAUGUCCCGGGAACUGUUUCCUGAUGGUAUCCUCGUGGUGGCAAUGUGUCCCUGGGUGGGUGAAGACUGAAA